AUGACGUACUGGUGGCUGGUGCUAUAUAUUGUCAUGCUAGGUCUGCUCGUCUCGUCCGGCUAUAUCGACCCCCUGCAGCCUCCGCUUUGCGUAAUUGCGUGUUUGAGUGUUCACAAUAUGGCACGAGUUUUAGCCUAUGGUGGAGCAGCAGCCGCAGCUGGCUUCGGCCCGCCGUGGCUCGCGGUGCUCGGCAUGGCCCUGCUCUCCGUCUGGGCGAUCACGCUCGCCGUCCUCCUCUGUGGCGACAACAGCUCGGACAAACCCAGACCAAGAUACAACGGUGCUGCCACUGCAGCAGUUAUUGGAGGUUCAUUAGCUUGUGGCGGUGGAGGCGGCUGUGGUGGCGGUGGAGGUGGCUGUGGUGGCGGUGGUGGCGGCGGCUGCUAG